AUGGCUCUCCGUUCAGCAAUGGGGAAGAGCGCCGCCACCCGAAGCCUCCUCACGCGGCUGAUCAACCGCAGCGAAAACCAUGUCCCUAAAGCCUUCUCCACGGCCUCCUCCACCCGCUCCACACUUUACUCUGGUUCCAACGAUGGCGUCGGCGUUUAUGCUCACGCCGCCGGCGAUGGUUUCAGACGCUGUCUUGAUGAAUUUUCCCUUAACCACGGCAGCGAGGACAUGAACAUGGACAAUCCUUUCCAGGUUACCGGGCCUAGAGGAUGGUACGAGGUCAAGAACGUGGACGAGGGAUUGUACGUGAGAAUGGAGAUGCCCGGAAUUGCUAAGGAGGACGUCAAGGUUUGGGCUGAGUAUGGGAAUUUGAUGGUCACGGGGAAUGGACGGAAGGAAUGGCCGCUUGAAGCUGCCGGGAGGAAGUAUUCUGCUCAUGUUGAGUAUCCGGCGGACUUUUUCAGAGAGAAGGACAUGAAACAUGAACUGAAGAAUGGAGUUCUCAGGUACAUGUUGACGCUGAAGGUAGAUAAUCUAAACGAGUAUUUUACCCAUGGGCAGUCCGAUCCUAAAACCAAGAGACAAUUUAUAUUUGUUAUGAUUAAACAGGGGUCACCACAACAAGGGUUGAAGAUGGAGAACCCGCUCCAGUCGGGCGGCCCGAAAGAUUUGGUUGCGGUGGAUGAAGUGAAAGAUGGCUUGCUUGUGAGGAUUCUCCUGCCUGGUGUGGGGGAAGACGGGUGCAAAGUUUGGGUGGAGAAUAAUACUGUGUUCUUUUCGGGCAAAGGUGAUAUCGAGUGCGAGAACGAGAUUUCUGGAAGGAGUUACGGAGGAAGUCUUGAGUUCGACCCGAAAUUAAAUAAAGUUGAUGAAAUUAAGAGUGAAAUGAAACAUGGGAUACUUAGAAUGAUUGUUCCUAAGGCUAGUUAA